AUGUUUACCUGGCGACAAAAAGAGUAUAGAUUUUACCAGUCCCUGGGCGGUAUGUCUGCUAUAUCUCCGCAAAUGAGAAAUUUAAUGAGUAUGCCUUACAAGGGCGCACAUCACGUUAGCUUGGCUGGUGGGGAUAUGCGACAACAAGGAAUGGACAGGGAAACUUUCAAAGUCAUGUGGGAAAUGUCCGAGCCCAACAACCCCGCCGAGAGGUGCUUCAUGCGAAUUCCACAACAAGAGCAUUUCUGUGGAACCAAGGAGGCUUAUCAAGGGUUGGAUGUUAUGCCCGAGUUUCGAGAGAUGAGACAAGAAGAAUUGACUCAAGGAGCAGAUUCUGGAGCGGCAUUCAAUACUAUACGAUUGACACCCGUCUAUCUACCAUACCUUAUCCACCCCAGGGAGCGUUUUACUUCCACUAAGCCAGACGCGAUUGUCGUCUGCGCCGGAAUUGGAGCUCGAAACUUAGGAGGUGUAGAAGAUAAGGAUGUGUACCCCGUGCGUGGCCAAGUUGUGCUCAUUCGUGCACCAUGGGUAAAGUUUGGACGGACCAAGAGCGAAUCUGAUGACACCUGGACGUACGUUAUCCCGAGGCGAAGCGGAGAUGUAAUAUUAGGCGGUACAAAAGGUGUAAACGAUUGGUAUCCUUCGGCCCGACCAGCGACCAUAGACGACAUUAUCUCGCGUACGCUGGCAAUUGCGCCAGAGAUUGCGCCUCCGUUCUCCAGAGAGGGAGGAAGACACCUACAGUAA